AUGCCUUUCUUCAAACACAAUGAGAACAUCUCCAUUUUCUAUCUUGAAGAAGGGCCGCAAGAUGCUCCAGUUGUCUUCCUGAUUCCCGGUAUCACAUGCGACCUCCAUGAUUGGAACUGGCAAGUCCCUUUCCUUCUUCAACAUGGCUUCCGAGUCAUCACUCCGGAUCCCCGAGGCCAAGGCCGCUCCUCCGCGCCCCCACCUACCCCGGAUAUCAAAUCAUACCCCGGCCCGAAUGCAGAUCCUUCCAUUGUCGACUAUUACCCCCAGUCCGCCGCAGAGGAUUUCAUCGCCCUUCUCCAAUAUCUCAACAUCUCUUCUGCCAUCAUCAUCGCGCAUUCCCUCGAUACCGCUGUGGCCUACCACCUGGUCAGGCUGGUCUCCGUGCGGCCGGAUCUCGCACGUGCAAUGGUGAUCCUCGACCCGUUGCAUUCCAUCUCUACCGCAACAGUAGAUGAACAUCUCAGCGAUCCAAUGACGGUCCUGCCGAACCUUGCGCGUCUCUUCGACGCGGACAUGCACCCCCCUACAGUCCCCGCAUGGCACAACUCGUGGACCCGCCGUCGUGCGAUGCAGACCGAUAUGGGCGUGAUAAUGGCCCAGUGCUGGGCAUGCCUAGGGGAUCCGAAUGCUAUUGGUCGGCGCGAGGUAUCAGUUGCGCAGCAUGAUGACAAACUCAUGUGUCCUCGAUUGACACUUGGAAAUAGCGAUUACUGGGUGGCGACAGAGCGCACCUACCUGAAACCAAGCAGUGAACAUGAUGAAAUUAUACUUGUUGGAGGUAUGGGUCAUUGGUUUUUCCAACACAAAAGCAUGGAAGUAAAUGAACAUUUGGAACGGUGGUUCAAAGUAGUUGGGCUGCUUCCGGUCCAAACGCUUAGCCAGUAG